AUACUCGUACCCUUAUCCUUGGCGUGAAUUCACUUUAUGAUGUGGGACACUAAUUUGCAUAACUUUUUGCAGCACACUGAUCUGCAGCUUUUAUUGGCACAAACUGAGAAGAGCUACUUUGAAACCAAGCUGAAGCUGGAUCGAGUGUCCGGGGAAAAGCAGGCCAUCCUGCAGGAGAACAGGAUCCUGGAGGGAGAGAGGGAUGACCUCAGGCACAAGCUAAGACAAACCACUGAAGAAAAUGUUCAAGUUAAAGAGAGUGAGGCAAAUUCCAGGCGCAGAGCGAUGGCAGCAGAGGAAGAGAGUAAAAAGGCCAACCAGGCCCAACAGGAAGCUGACGCCGAGAGGCGUCUGGCUGAGAAGGAGAGGCAGGAACGAACUGCGGAGUGCCUCACCUGGAGGGAAAAACAUCAGCAGCUAGCCAACGUGCUCAGAUCUCAGGAGGACCUGAAGGCUCUCAGACGGAACAAAGCGUGUCAAGCCAAUGUCAAGAGUUACUUCCUCUGCAUGACAGAAAGUGAUCAGCGGGUGAAAAUUCUGAAAAAUCAAGAUGGCACCAUGAGAAAUUUUAUGGAAGGAGAUCCUGUAUACAUCUCAACUCCAGAGCCCACUCCAGAAGAGGACGACAGCAGAACUUCAUCCAGGACCAUGUUCAGGGUGUGUGCGCCACACACGGGAAAGGACCAGGGUCCGAGUCACUUCAGCGAGCUUCCUGCCAUUGGAGGUGAACGUCCUGACUCUGCACAUUCACGCAGAAGCAGAAAGGUGGUGGAAUACUUCUGGAUUCCAACAGACCAAGAAUGAUGACACCAAUGUUCACUCAGGACCAAAGAUGAGAAAAAUAAAUAAAACGGAAUUCAAACCUAAGUCAUUAGCUGGAGCUAUGGCUCUAGCCUUCUUUUCAGGCUUUUUCAGGAAAAAAAAAGAUAACUGUGCUGACAGCUUUUUUGAGAAUGUCAUGGUUUUAAUUGGUUACAUUCAUGACUGGUGUACUGAAUGAAUGUGUUCGCUCCAUUACAUCAGUCCAACAAAUAGCUUAAAGCCAUUGUGAAGA